AUGGAGGUCAGUAUUGUUGAAGCCGGAGAUGCAAAUAUUUGUGGAUCCAAAUGGGUAGAUAAGGUAAAACCAGAUGGUUCCCUUAAGUCUAGAUUGGUAGUGCAAGGAUUCACCCAAGUUUGGUUGAAGGACUACCACGACACAUUUAGUGCCGUUGCUUCCAUGACCACAUUUAGGAUACUCAUAAACUUGGCGGCGAUAUUAGGAUGGGACAUCUUUACGAUAGAUGUAUCCCAAGCUUACACGCAAGGGGAACUCCUAGAUGAUAUAUACGUCAAGGCCCCAAGGUCACAUCCGCUUCCGAAAGGAAUGGUCUACAAGUUACGCAGACCCUUGUAUGGCACAAAGCAAGCGGGACGGUGUUGGUAUUUGCAUGUAACCAAGACUCUAAGGUCUCUGGGUUUGAACCAAUUAUGUAAGGAUAGCUGUUUGUUUGUUAAGAUGAGCAAUAGCAAGCCCUUCAUGAUCAUUUCAGUAUUGGUAGAUGAUCUUCUGAUAACCGCUGAGAACGAUGAGGUUGUCAAGCAGUUCCACAAAGAAUUUUCCAGAAUUUACAAAGUUUCGCAAUUUGAAAGGAUAAAGGUGUACAACGGCAUCCAUAUAAAGAGAUUAGGGAAGAAUUGUUACACACUCAACCAAGAAUAUUCAAUUGCGCAGUUUCUGGCAAAAUGUCCUGUGCAAGAUAUCAAUGCUUGCAAUUCGCCAUUACUACCAUCAGAUACGUUUGUUCUCGCCAAGGAGGAUGACACAGAUGCAGUAGACAGGAUGAAGCGGACAACAUAUCAACAAGUGCUGGGAAGUCUGAAUUGGUUUAAUACUGCUACUCGACCAGAUCUUGCUGUGGUAUGCAGUCUAGCUGGAAGGGUAGCAAGUAACCCAACGCAUAAGCAAUUUAGCGCUUUAUGCAGAGCGGUUGGAUAUCUCAAGAGGAACCCCAAUAUUCCAUUAACCUACAACGGUGCUGAAUGCAAUGGUAUAGUGAGACUUGCAGGAUUUACAGACUCGGAUUGGGCAGGCCAAAAGUUAUCCUUAAAUUCGAAAGAUAGAUGCGGAAGAAAAUCCACAUCGGGGUAUAUAUCUUUUUCAUGCGGCCCUACCAAUUGGAAGAGCAAACUGCAAGGAAUACCAGCCACGAGUUCAGCGCAAGCAGAGUUCAUGGCAAUGUAUGAAGCCGCGAAAGAUUUAUUCUUUCAAAUUUUGUUGUUUCGAGAGCUUGGAUUUAAACUGUCAAGAGUACCACUCUUCUGCGAUAAUACGACAGCCAUUCGACAGGCAAUGGAAACUAUGUCGUCUAAGUCAAACAAGCAUAUGGAAAUAAGAUACUCCUGGAUCCAACAUUAUGCUCACAGAGAAGGGAUUAUACAGCCAUUUAACAUAGGAUCAUCACACAACUUAGCCGAUAUGUUGACAAAGAUAUUGCCGAACAAGAAGAACUUUUCAGGUCCAGCAGACGUUCACGAGUGUUCUAAUCACUUCAACGUGAUGUUAAGUCAUAUAUCUUCGAAGGACAUACGAGACUUCAUCAACCAGAGGUUGAGUGAAGGUAUGGUGAAGAGUGACGCUCUGCACACAUUUCAAGAAUAUCUCGAGAAGGUCGAAAGUGAGGAAAUCCAACCUUUCAAAGGUAUUGGUAAGCCCUCAGACUAG